CAUUAAAAAUAAUGUUUACCUGUCGACGUAGUAUUAUAAGUUUGAUAAUAAAAACAACAAACAACACUCAACAUUGUGCUUCUCACUCAACCUUAACCAGUAAUUUGAUUGACUAUCAUGGCGAUUGGCCUGCUACAGAGGCGAAACAAUUUUCAAAGGACAUGCAAAUCCUUAAGGAUUUUAUAAGCCUAAACGAUGAACAGCAAUUGCUUGAUGAAAUAUCACCACGCUUACGACGUUUGCCCUAUCAGUGUAAUCAUUGGGAUGAUGCCAUUCAAAAUUAUCGCGAACUAGAGCUAAAUCAAUGGAAUAACUCAAAUAAUCAAAGUGUUAUACAACGUAUAAGGCAACUGGCAUUUCAGGGAGAUAAGAAUAUCCUGCACCAUGUCCAUAUAUUGGAUCUAGCCCCUGAGGGAAUUAUCAAACCCCAUGUGGAUAGCAAGCGAUUCUGUGGUCAUAUUAUUGCUGGUCUAAGUCUUUUAAGCGAUUCGGUUAUGCGAUUGAUACCCGAAAAUAAACCAAAUUCGUAUUUUGCCGAUAUUCUGCUACCCAAACGGUCUCUCUAUAUAAUGACCGAUAUGGCAAGGUAUCAGUUUACCCAUGAAAUUUUAUGUCAACAAUUGUCAAUGUUCAAGGGUCGACCUAUAAGCAAACAACGACGUCUCUCACUUAUAUUUCGCUUAGAUGCUUCAAGUAAUACAACUUGAAAAUAAAAUAAAAUAAAAUAAAAACAAUGAAUUUUCGUAUACUUUGGACGUGCGUAACAUGGUUUUUGAGUCUCUUUCGGAAUGCUGUGGAUCGAGUGAUGCCAACAGCCAUAGCUGGCAAUAAUCAGAAAUACCUUUCAAUUGAGAACGCAAAUGUAGAAUCAACACAAUUGGCCAUCAUUUAUAAUAGCAUGUUGAAUGUAAAGGACAAGUAUCUGGACGGAUCCCAUCCACCCCAGAAAUUCGACUUACCUCAGGAAAUGGAUUCACCACAGAAAAAGAAUUUGACUAAGGAUAAUCAUUCACUUCCGGGAAUGCCUCCAAUUGGGAAAAUGUAUUUCCUUCACACGUCUCGCGAAGUGAAAUUUAAAUUUGAUCCCAUUCUCAUCAACAAACUACUUAUGGCAAAUAUCAGACGUAAUAAGAAUAAAGCAUUGAAAGUAAUCGAUUAUCCAUUGCAAGCCAUGGCCCCGGCAGUUGAUAAAAAGUAUAAUUGGCCAAAGAUACUAUAUCUCAUAAUUGCCUGUAAUAUAUUUUUCCAAGCUCUAAUACAAAUUUCUAAAGUAUAUGCAGCUGUAAAAAUGAUAAAGGAUCCCAUCGAAUUGGCGGCCCUACAACUUGAACUGGCGGCUAAUGAGGUUAAUGGCGAUGUUUCAGACGAAACUCAAGGCAAUGAUUCUGUAUUGACGUUAUAUUAUCCAGAUGGUAAACUGUGUCUUCUCCAAUGCCAAGCCCUAGAUGACUCAUCUGAUGAGUAUUUUUAGUAUUGAAUCUAAUGAUUAUGAUAUUUUCCAAAUUUUAUUCUCUUUUUUUUUGUUGAUUCUUUACAAUUGUUUCUCUGAUCUCUGUUAACCGAAAAACUUAAUGCAUAUAAUAUAUAUUUUUCAUACAUUUAUUUAUAAA